UUUUCCUUGAUCUAAACAAACAUAACCUUAUUUUCCGCUACCUCUGAAUCUGAAUCCUUCCAUUAAUGGAGUCUUUCUUCUCUUUCAAACCUUUCUUCAUUAUACUCUUUCCUUUCUUCCUUGCUUUCCUUUCUUCUUCUUCUUCUUCUUCUUCUUCCUCUCUUCAUCCUCUGGUUUUGCAUUCGACCUUUAUGCAUCAGAAUUACACAGCAAUAUCUGAUUUUCGCGUUCUCAACAGAAGAGCUCUGUUUGAUUGUAUUGAUGCCAACCCUUUUCUCCAAAUCAACGUUAAUUCGGGUUCUAAACUCUCAGACAAUCAGUUUGUUGAAGUGACCGUUAGUGGAGUCUUGGUUCCGUCCAAGGAUGAUUGGAUCGCCAUGAUCUCACCUUCUUCUUCCGAUAUAUCAGGCGGCUGUCCUCAGAGUUUAGCAUUUUAUAUACAAACGGGUGAUGUUAGCAACCUUCCUCUCCUCUGCCAUUAUCCGGUUAAGGCACAGUUCGUGAGAAAUGAUCCAGGCUACCUAAGUUGCAAGAAGAUGGAAUGCAAGCAAAAAAACAUAUUAGACGGCACAUGUGGGGUGAAAACUUGCAAUGGCACAGUACGGUUCCAUGUUAUCAACAUCAGAACCGACAUCCAGUUCGUGUUCUUUACUGGAGGAUUCGAUGCUCCUUGCAUUCUCAGUAGGACAGGCAACCUGAAUUUUGCCAAUCCAAAAAUGCCAUUGUAUGGACACCUCUCCAGCAUAGACUCAACCGGAACAUCAAUGAGAUUAACAUGGGUUAGCGGGGAUAAACAACCUCAACAAGUGCAAUACGGAGGUGGGAAAUCAGAAGCGUCUCAAGUUACUACAUUUUCACAGGAUGAUAUGUGCAGUGUUCUUGCUCCACCAAGUCCAGCAAAGGAUUUUGGGUGGCAUGACCCUGGCUACAUUCAUACUGCAGUCAUGACAGGACUUCAGCCUUCAAGGAACUUCUCCUACAGAUAUGGAAGUGAUUCAGUGGGUUGGAGUGACCAAAUUCAAUUCAAGACUCCGCCAGCAGCAGGAGCAGAUGAAGUCAGAUUUCUUGUAUUUGGUGACAUGGGAAAGGCCCCUCUUGAUGCUUCAACUGAGCACUAUAUUCAGCCAGGAUCACUAUCAGUGAUAAAAGGCAUGAUUGGCGAGGUGGAAAAUGGCAAUGUAGACUCAAUUUUCCACAUUGGAGACAUAAGUUAUGCAACAGGGUUCUUAGUUGAAUGGGAUUAUUUUCUUCAACUUAUAAGUCCUCUGGCUUCCAAGGUUUCUUACAUGACAGCAAUUGGAAACCAUGAGAGGGAUUAUAAAGACUCAGGCUCAAUAUACCUUACUCCUGACUCUGGUGGUGAGUGUGGGGUUCCUUAUGAGAUAUAUUUCCCAAUGCCAACCCCAGCGAAGGAUAAACCAUGGUACUCCAUUGAACAAGGAAGCAUUCACUUCACUGUCAUAUCCACAGAACAUCCCUGGUCAGAAAAUUCUGAGCAGUAUAAUUGGAUGAAAAAUGAUAUGGCCUCAGUUAAUCGAUCAAGAACACCAUGGUUGAUUUUCACUGGGCACAGACCCAUGUACAGUUCAUCAACUGGACUCUUGAGUGCCUUGAGUGUCGACGAUAAUUUUGUUAAGGACGUAGAACCUUUGCUGCUGCAAACCAAGGUGGAUCUGGUUCUUUUUGGACAUGUUCAUAACUACGAGAGGACAUGUUCCAUUUAUAAAUCACAAUGCCUUACAAUGCCAAGAAAAGAUGCAAGUGGGGUGGACACAUAUGAUCACACCAACUACUCUGCUCCUGUGCAAGUAAUAGUCGGAAUGGCUGGCUUCACUCUGGACAAGUUUUCAGAUGAUGCUGCAAGAUGGAGUCUGUCAAGGAUUUCCAAGUUUGGCUACGUUAGAGCACACGCAACCAAGGCUGAGAUGAAAUUAGAGUUUGUGGUAGCAGAGACAGGCAGAGUUGAGGACGCGUUCCGGAUAACCAAAAUGCAGAAUAGAUAGAAAGCUAGAUUCAUGAAUUCUAGAUGGAAUCCCUGUAUUUUCCCAAAAAUAAAUAAGAUGGAAUCUGUGUAGUACAUAUACCAUCGGGAUAUUUGAUUGUUGUACAAUUGAAUUGUCAUAAAAUGAGAGGAAGAAGACCGAUUACGCGUUAUCUUUC